UAGAGCUCAGACUGUGUUUUGACGCUGAGCGCAGCAGCAGCAGAGAGGAGGAGUCGCUCCGUCAACUGUUGGCCUCUCGACUCUAAUCUGGAUUAGAGCUCCGUCCGGUCUGCAGCCAGGACUCCCAAUAAUCACAUUAUUGUGUAUUGGGUUGACGCCUCCUGACGCGGAAGGAAAAGACGCGAUGUGAAACGGCGGCGACGCUGCUGACGCGUUUUACCUCACGGCUGAACUGUUUAUCUGGAUACAAUCUCCCGAAGAAGUUUUGACGAUUUUUGCCACAAAAUCCUGCUUCGAUCCAAGAGAAGUUGAGUGAAUAUUUGUUGCCUGAGGUCGGUGGAUGGUGCGCAUCCCCGCGUGCAGCACAGCGCGCUCUGCAGCAUCCAAGCUGAGCACUGCAGCCUGCACUUAAAGCACAUUUCUGCUCAAACCAAAGCCUGGUUACCACAGGAGCAGCUGGGCAAACAUGCCUCAUUCAGCAUCCAAAAUGAUGGAGUAUAAGCUGCCCGAGGAGGAAGAUUCAAACCGACAUGCAGUUAAAGACUCUCAGUGCUAGCAACAUGCUCCAAGUCUUCAGGGACUCCGUUUGGUUGACCGCAUUCACAUUCACACAGUAGCUCCUGGUUGACUGACAGCAUGGAAGACAGCAAGCUGAUCUUCAGCCUGGACGGCCCGGAGGAAGGUCCCACCGUGGCCUUUUCCAAAGACAAACCACAGGACGGAGAGCGCCAGCUGGAGCUCAGCCUGGGGAUGGAUCUGGACCUGAGCCUGGGCCAUCACUCCCAGCCCCCCUUCCUGACGCACUCCCCCUCAUCCCCGGGCUCUUUAGCCGACCUGUCGGCCUCAUCUGCAGACCUGCUCGUCACCACCAACCUGGUGAAAUCCUCCUCCACGGACCUGGAGCCCAGGGAGAGCGGCUCGCUGCGGGGCAAGCCUCUCCUCAGCCUGGUCAAGUCCCUGAGCACCGAGAUCUCCCGCCGCGUGGAGCCGGAGGUCAACCUCUCCAAGUCGGACUCCAAGCUGCAUUUGCAUCCCUGGAAGCAGCUCACCCAUCCAAGAAUACCAGAGAGCAGGCCCGGAGAAGGCGGAGAGCUGGACGAGAACCAGGACUGGGUGUCUCCUCCGUCCGCCGAACCCCGAGGGAGCUCGCUGAUCGCCGAGCUGGAGGACACGAGGAGGAAGUUCUCCGAGGCCAUGCAGGAUCCGCUCAGCAUGCUGAGUAAGAUCAUGGGGGACGAGAGCCCCAAGCAGGGGAGGGCUGCUGGGGCCGGGGACUCACCGUCCUCACAAGGAAGCUACGGGAGAGACAGCGAGGACUCAGAUCUGAAGUGCCGGAGGAGGACUGAAAGUGUGUGUGACACGCCUCUGAAAAGACUCCAAAAAGGCUCUUUAACGAAGUCCUCCCUCCCGCCAGAACAUCACCGCAGCGACAGCCAUUUAGAAAUCCGCACCUCUGGAGAUCUGAUCCAGGUGGUGGAGCUCCAGAACGGAUCCAGAGGGACACGUCUCAGGACUUUACCCCAGCCAAGAGUCACUGUUCCGGGCUCGUCGCUGCCUCUCCACUGGCUCUUCCCCGUGGCUCUGCUGGCGUACGGUUUCUUGGUGUUGCCGCUGCCGUCCUACCUGACCGGUCUGUCCGUGGGGGUGGCGUCCGGCUUCAUGCUGGGCCUGGUGGUCGUGUUCAUGUUCGCCCCCCGCCGCUCGUCUGCAAGAAGCAACAAGGGUUUGAGCAAAUUCAGACCCCAGAACGUGGAUCUACUGGAAGGAGGAGAGCUCACAGAUUCAGAAGUCCUAGAGGGCUGGAUGAAUGAGACAAACAGCUACGACCCGGAGACGUUCCACCCGUCCAUCACACACUCGGUGUAUGUGACUCUGAGAGGCAGCCAGCUGAGCCUGGCCUACCCCCGCACCAACAUCCCCCGCUGGGCAUCGUUUGACGAAACCUCCCACGAGGCCACGUUUACACGCUCACGCACUUACCAGCUGGCCAACUGUAAGGUGUCUCUGUUGCCGUCCGGUUUGGCUCGCAAGAGGAUCUGGAACAAGAAGUAUCCUGUGUGCAUCACUCUGGCUGAGGGGGAGGUGGGAGAGGAGAGUGUGGUUGAAGGGCAGGAGGAGGAAGAGAAGACGGAGAGACACGCCGUCCCGGACCAACAGCUUCCUGUCACCCUCUACCUGUUCGGCCGCACAGGAAGAGAGAAGGAGGACUGGUUCCAGCACUUCCUGUCUGCCUCCCGGGCCGGAGCCAAGAACCUCGUGAGCCUGGAGGAGAACGCAGAAACACCAUGUGGUGGAGACGCUGCUAAAGAAAGCACAGAGGAGCUGCACGACAUGCCGGGAGCAACGAAGACAAGAACACUAGUGGAGUACAGCGCCUACAUGACUCAACUGAUUGGCUCGCAGAGCUGCAAUCCCACCCCCAGCCCCUGCCAGAGUGACCAGGGAAGCCCCACAGCACACAAAAAGAUUCCCAAUGACGAGCCUGGACCUGGAGGUCAGACUGGAGCUGAGUCCGGGUCAGCUCCAGGCCCAGAGGGAGGCUCUGCAGAGGGACAGCCCAGCUGGGUCAACUCCCUGCUGGGACGCAUCUUCUGGGACUUCCUGAGGGAGAAGUACUGGACGGACCAGGUGGCGCACAAGAUCCAGAAGAAACUCAGCAAGAUCAAGUUGCCCUACUUUAUGAAUGAGCUGACUCUGGCAGACCUGGACAUGGGGACUUGUCUACCUCAAGUCCUCAGCACCUCCCCGCCUACUCUGGACCGCAGAGGUCUGUGGCUGGAGCUGGAGGUGGUGUACACAGGCUGCCUCCAGAUGACCCUGGAGACCAAGAUGAACCUGUGUAAACUGGGUAGAGAUGGAGAGGACGAGGCUCACAGCGUUCUGGAGACCCAGCAUGUUGGCUCUAAGCCCAGACUCUGCAUACUGGCUGAUAGUGAUGAAGAGUCAUCCAGCGCAGGCUCGUCUGAUGAAGAGGAAGUCCCCCCGUCUGAGCCGCAGGGGUCUCCAGGAGAGAAGAGCCCAGUGGUAGCAGCCGAAGGGCACACUGGUGGCAGUACGAGUAGGAAGAUCUUGAGAUUUGUGGACAAGAUCGCCAAAUCCAAGUACUUCCAGAAAGCCACGGAGAACGAGUACAUCAGGAAGAAGAUCGCCGAGGUGUCCAACAUGCCUCUGAUGCUCAGCGUCGAGGUCCUGGAGCUCUCAGGGACUCUGGCCGUCAACAUCCCUCCUCCCCCUACUGACCGGAUAUGGUACAGCUUCCGGGUGACUCCCAGGUUAGACCUUCAUGUGCGACCCACGCUGGGGGAGAGGGAGGUCACCUUCACACAUGUCACUGAGUGGAUCGAGAAAAAACUACAGUGUGAAUUUCAGAAAGUGCUCGUAAUGCCCAAUAUGGACGACCUGUACCUUCCCCUGAUGACGUCAGGCCUGGACAACCCGCCUCCGUCCCACCAGUCCUCGUUCCACUCCUCGUCCCAUCAGUCCUCCAUGGAGUCCCAGGAGUACCUGUCGGAGUAGCGGCCCCCCGGUGAGGCCCCAGACGGGAUUAUGUCGAUGCAAUAAAGCAGCCGUCGCCGUCCGUCUCUAAUGGAUUGCGAGGCUGCUGCAGCUGGGCACCGGCUUGGUGAUAAUCCUGAGGGUGUCGGUUGGAACCAGUGCAGGAUAAAACGCCUCCUGAAGGCCCGCUGAGCACAGCAGGGACCUCGGGGCUGUGAGGACGGUGCUAGAGUGCCCCCUACUGGGAGGAUGAAUGAACUGCGAGAACACAUUAAACACCAAAAAGGGAACUUUUUUUAUUGUUAUUAUUAUUUGAUGCCAACACUGAUAGAAAGAUGCAAAAACUGGAUGUAUUUACACAUCAAAACAAGAUUGUUGUUGGCAAGCACUGAUGAAAGAAAGCAGAAUAAACAAACCAUCCAUCUGUUGAUCCACAGAUCUGUUAUGUUAUAUGUUGUAGUCAGGUGCAAAUAUGGUUUAACCCUAAAAAAAAUCUAACAAAAGAUUUCUCAGUGGUUUACAGUACACUCUAAAAAAGGAUUCAGGAGGUUAGUUAGUAUGACUUAAAAACAUGAGAUAUAUAUAUAUA